AAGGCGGAAAAAUGCUGCCGUAGAGUGUCUCUUGUCCGUGUCUGAUGAGGAUAAUGAUAUCGAAAGUUUGGUCGAAGAACUGUUCAUCAGACUAAAGGAGACAAAGAGCAGUCAGGGUUGUUUUUCUCCUCUUGCUAUAAAUACUAAAGACGAGUCAAAGUUUCAAGUCAAAGAGUUCCAAGACCCUGCUGAAAGGUACUAUGCAGCAUUUCCAGCUCUUCCUGGUGAUGGCACCCCACCACAACUAUCCCCGUCAUCUGAUGACAAUAUUUGGCGGAAAAACAGGAAAAGUGGAUCUCUUGCUGGGGAAACAUCUGAGAGUAAAGAAGGAUCUCCUCGGAAUGUAUCUCCUGAACAUGCAGAGGCUUUCACACAAGAAGUCAAAACUGUAGAGAAAUCUCCGGUGGAUUCGAAGUCAUCCACAAAUUCACCAUCAGCACCUGAAAGAAGGAGGCGAUCAGGAAGAGGAGAUUCCAGUCAAAAGAUGUCUCCUAGUGCAGGAGGAAGAAAGAAAAAUAUGAAGGGGAAGAAAGAGAUUGAGGCACAGAGCAAGGCAGUUCGUUUUCUAAGCUGGCCACCACCAGGGCACAUGAAGAAAGAAAAUGGAAAAGUAGAUACUGAGAAACAAGCCAAUCCUGAAGAAACAGAAGAAGAGAAAUACUGCAGUAUGGUUGAGCAGAUGUUGAAAGAAAUGCUAUUAUCAGACAGGAAACAUGUUCAGGCUCCAACAGACCUGCCAAUGUGGGCCUAUUUUCCAGCAGAAGGGUUCACGGAAGGAUGCUUCACAGAAUGGUUUAGAGAAGACAGUCAGAGUCCAGAAUUCACUGAAAAUGAUGAUUGGUACACACAGCCCCUGGAGCAUAUUUUCUACACACCAGUGUCCCAGACAAAACGGCUUUACAAAAGGCACAGCUAUCCACCAAUGCUGAAUUUUGGUGAACAGUUUGAGUGGAACACUAUUCUGUCUUUGAAGAAAACCACAACAGAUUAUAUUUUAUUGGAAGAUGUUUUUGAUCCAAACAAGGACGUUCCAAAAGAAGAUGUUUUGGAGAUUUUGUUGAGCCAUCCACAGGAAGCAGUGUCUGAUGUGGUUGAGCUGAAUGAGGAUUUGCAGUUUAGUGGAGAGCAAGAGAAGGCUAUCAAUAAUGAAGGAGUAGAGUGUUUGUCCGAAGAAAAAGGUAAAGAAGCAAAAGAAGUGGUUAAGGAUCAAGAAGAACGAAUUGUUGAAGAAACCGAUGAAGCCGUAAAGGAAACUGAUGAAACCCCAGCUUGGUAUAACGACGACCUAGCCCCUACUUCCCCAAAUGUUUUAUUUCCUUUUGACGAAUUUGCUAACUUUGCCACCAAUGUAGAUGGGAAGUCCAAGGUUGACUUUAACACCAGUGCCUUGCCACUUACAUUACCAAGUCUUUUCCCCGGUACAGACCCUGACUGCCUUGUCCCAGCCAGUGAUACCAGUAGCACUGUCUCUAGUGUGGAAAAAGGUUAUUUCAGUGACGUUACAGAGACAUCCUUCGUCUUUGACAUGAGCCGACACAGCAGUCCAUUCCCUGACAUGCUGCUCCUGAUGAACUAUGGAGAAGAUGAUGACACAGGCCAGAUGACCACAAGUACUGCUAGUAGCUUGAAAGGGAGUAGGUUGGAGAGUCUGUUUGAAUCUUCUAGACAGGAUCUUCUGGAGAGCAUGGAAAAAAGCGAGGUUCAACAACUUGACUAUUCAGAGGCAAAACCAGAAUUCGAUUUUUGUGCUGAUGAUCUGUUUCUUUAUGGAGCCGAAGAGGAAGAUUGUAUAUUGUAUGGCACCAGAAAUAUGUUCCCAAAUGCUUUUCACAUCCAAUGGAAAUCCUCUAGGAUCAUCAUCAAACACGGAGGAGAAACAAGAUUCUGA